UACAUAAUUAGACGUACCAUGUACUCUUUUUCCCUCGGCUAGGUUUUUCCCACAGGGUUUUUCUAGCGAGGUUUUUAAUGAGGCAUGUGUAUGAUAAGAUGAUGGCCAAUGAAAAUGCUGUUAAUCAAUAUGGCAUCAUCUCAAAAAUCUUUAGAAACAAGGAGGAGCACACGAACUUGAUCUUCAAUGAUGUCUUGAUCAGGGGGAGCACAUAUUGUACUCUUUUUCCCUUAUCCAAAAUUUUUCCCCAAUGGGUUUUUCUUUGGUAAGGUUUUUAACGAGGCAAUAUAGUGUUCAUCCUUUGGACAUCCAAGGGGGAGUGUUAUGAAACAAAACAAAAUGGUGGAUGUCCAAGCUAUGAUUCGAACCUUGGACCUCUUGCUUAAAACUCAAGGCUUAAUCCACUUUGCUACUACUACCAUUGAUGAUUAAAGGGAGAACAUUUAAUACCUAAAUGUUUCCUGGAAAGCUAGAUGAAGCUAGUCCCAGAUGAAGACAAAAGCUAUGGUUUAGGGGGAAUCGAUCCCGUGACCAUAGGGCGGCAAGAGACUCUAGGCUUUUGACAAAGCCAGCAGAGCUAAGCAACACAUGUGAAUCAUUCCUGUACACCUUAUAUUUAUUUAUUCAUUUCGGGGUAUUAUAAAUACCCCCCCUUCACUCCCUGUAAACAAGAUCAGAGAAAAUCAUCAAUGCAGUGCUUCAUCCUCCAUUCCAAAUUUCUGUUCUUCAUUUUCAUUUCUUCAUAUUAUCAUAGUUAUAAUAAUUAUUUUACAACAUAAUGCAAAUUGAAUACCAACUUGAUACGACUUCGAGGCUGUAUCGAAAUAUUAUUUAGACUAAUAAAUCCCAGAAUCUAUAUAUACCUUGGCCUCCUUGUUCCUUUUGCAUUCACUCAGUAAACACAUACACUUUCUCCUCGUGUGUCACAAUGAGAAAGCCUGCAUUUAAACUAUUAUUGUUGCUUACUAUUAAACACCUCCUAUCCCUUCAUCUUUCUUCUUCUUCUUCCCCUAUUCCCAAUACCACAAACACAAAUCCAUUUUUGCCUGCAAAUAAUUUGCAAGUAGGAAAUGAAGUAGGUGCUCUUUUAACUUGGAAAUCCAGUCUUGAUGGCAAAAGCCAAAAAGUACUUUCAUCAUGGGUUGGUAGCAAUUCAUGCAAAUGGAUUGGAGUUACUUGUAAUAGAGAUGGGAGUGUUAUAAGUUUGAAUCUUUCUGGUUACGGGUUAAAAGGUACUCUUCAAGAUUUGAAUUUUUCGUCCUUGUUCCAUUUACAAAUUAUUGAUCUUUCUAAAAAUUCUCUCAAUGGUAACAUUUCUUUUAUUAAAGAUGUGCUCCACUUUCAAAGUUUAACAAUUAUGCGUCUCUAUAGAAAUUGGUUUUCUGGUCCAAUUCCUCAUGAGAUUGGAUAUUUGAAUUCACUAGUAGAUUUGGAAUUGGACUCGAACAACCUCAUGGGUGAAAUUCCUAUUUCUAUAGUGAACUUGCGAAAUUUAACGAUUCUACAACUCCACACGAAUCAACUUUCUGGUCACAUUCCUCAAGAAAUUGGGUUAUUGACGUCCCUUAUUAGUUUGGAAUUGGACUCAAAUAAUAUCAUUGGUCAAAUCCCUACUUCAAUUGGAAAUUUGAAAAAUUUAAGGACACUAUAUCUCUAUAAAAAUGGACUCUCUGGUAGCAUUCCUGCUACCAUUGGAAAUUUGUCGAAUUUGAGGUGGUUGUCCAUAUUUUCUAAUAACUUCACUGGUCAAAUUCCAAUCUCUUUAGGAGGCCUGACAAAUUUAGAAUUCAUUUCGCUUGAUGAUAAUAAACUUUUUGGUCAUAUUCCCGAGGAAAUUGGAUUGUUAUCCUCUCUUGUUGAAUUAUAUGUGUCCUCAAAUUUUUUGUUUGGUCAAAUACCUAGUUCAAUUAGAAACUUAACAAAAUUGAAUAAAUUUAGUCUAUUUUUCAAUCAACUUAGUGGUCACCUUCCAGUAGAACUAAAUAAUGUUAGUGCAAAACUCGUUGUUUUUCAAAUAGGUGGUAAUCAUUUCUCAGGUCAUUUGCCAGAGAAUUUAUGCUUUGGCAAGUCACUAACCUAUUUCUCAGCUGUGUACAAUAACUUUAGUGGAAACAUUCCCAUGGGCAUAAAAAACUGCACAACCCUUCAAAGAGUUAGGCUUGAAUAUAACAAACUCUCCGGAGACAUAUCUGAAGAUUUUGGAAUUUAUCCCAACCUAACUUACAUUGAUUUGAGUUCCAAUAACUUCCAUGGCCAGCUAUCUUCAAACUGGGGUCUUUGUUCAAAGCUAGAAGCUUUAAAGAUUUCCAAAAAUAGAAUUUCUGGGAAAAUCCCACCUGAACUUGCAAAUGCAUCCCAUCUAGAAUUUCUUGAUCUCUCCUCCAAUCAACUUGUUGGGAACAUUCCAAAGAGUUUUAGUACUCUACAUUCCUUGGGUGUUUUAAAGUUGGAUGGCAACAAACUGUCUGGCAACAUUACAUUAGGAAUUUGGGAAUUGUCUUUGCUCACAGAAUUGGACUUGGCUGCAAAUAGGUUCAUUGGUUUCAUUCCAGAGGGCUUAAGAAGUUGUCAAAAGUUAACUUUCUUGAAUUUCAGUCAAAAUAUGUUUGAGGGUAGGAUUCCUUAUGAUAUAGGAAGCUUGCAGUUCCUUCAAACUCUUGAUAUCAGUCAAAACAUGCUAACUGGCAAGCUACCACAACAGUUUGGAGGAUUAAUAUCCUUACAAAGCCUGAAUGUUUCACACAAUAAGUUGUCAGGCUCCAUCCCAUCAAGCAUGGCUCAAUGCUUAGGUUUGGUUUCCAUUGAUUUAUCCUAUAAUGAGUUGGAAGGAAUGCUCCCAAACAACAAAGCAUUUGAAAAUGCUACAUUUGAAUCCUUAAGAAACAACAAAGGUUUGUGUGGCAACAUUGCUGGUUUGAAGCCAUGCUCUUCUGGAUCUCCUGAAGAGAAGACAGAUCAAGGUCACAAAACAAAAACUUUGGUCUUAAUAAUAGUGAUACCGAUUGGAGUUAUUGGUGUUGUUGGGAUGGUUGUUGUCAUAUGGUUGAUUCCACUAAGAAGGUGCAUCAAAGAAAUGCCUAGGGCAUCCAGAGAAAAUUUGUUCGCAAUAUUGAAGUUUGAUGGGAAUAUUGCAUAUGAAAGCAUAGUAGAAGCAACAGACAACUUUGAUUCAAGAUAUUGCAUUGGAGUGGGAGGAUCUGGAAGUUUAUUUCGAGCUGAGUUAUCCAAUGGUGAGGUUUUUGCUGUAAAAAAGUUAAAUGAAUCUAUACAAGGAGAUGAGUCUCGAGACUUCAAAAGUUUUUCAAAUGAGAUUCGUACUUUAAGUGAGGUGAGGCAUCGAAAUAUUGUUAGACUGUAUGGUUUUUGCUCUCAUGUGCGACAUUCGUUUCUAGUUUAUGAGUACUUAGAAGGUGGAAGCCUAGUGCAAGUAUUGAGCCAUGAUGAAAAAUCAAUGGAAUUGGAUUGGAUUAAGAGGGUGAAUGUUGCUAAAGCUGUCGCGAAAGCAUUAUCAUACAUGCACCACGCUAGACUCUUGAAUUCUAAUUCAUCGAACUGGACUUCGUUUGCUGGAACAUUUGGCUACACUGCUCCAGAGUUUGCUUACACAAUGGAGGUAAAUGAAAAGUGUGAUGUGUUCAGUUUAGUAGUAGCUUUUGAAGUGAUUAUGGGACGACAUCCCGGUGACCUUGUUGCAUCCAUUUCAUCAUCUUCGUUGUUUGAAAACCAAAACCUUGUUUUGAAAGAGGUGUUGGACCCUCGACCAUCAAGUCCUGGGAAACAUGAAGCGGAAGAAUUGGUGUUGAUUGCAAAGAUAGCAUUUUCAUGUCUGAAUUUCAAUCCAGGAUCUCGGCCAACCAUGUUCCAAGUUUCUGCAUUGCUGUCCAAGAAAAUGCAGCCUUCAGACUUGUUCCCUUAUAUCACACUUUGUCAAUUGUUUGGUCUUGAAUUUCCCACUCCCUGAGUACAACAUUAAUCUUAAUUUGCAUACUAUGUCUGUGUGUAUAUAAUAUAUAAAAUCAAGAAAAUUGCUAAGCACUAUGAAAUGGAAAGAUGUUUUCUAUUUGUUCAUCAAAUUUAUUGAUGUUGAAUGUUCCAGUUGCAUAAGUUGUGUUCUACCCAAUUAACUCCAACGUUACAUUUCAUACAUUUAAUCUUUAGAGAUAGGAUUAUACAUUUUUGCACCUCUUUCAUACAAAAU